AACAAACCUGAACAUAAGAUUCGCAUCAAAUGCACCCUUGCAAAAGCAGGCUAGUGAUAAACAAAUAGUAUCAGAGCUAUAAUAAGUUCAAAAGAAUCUUCAAGCCUCGUAUUUUCGUCAUACUUUCUCAUGGAGUUCCAACUUCUCUUUGCUCUCAUCUCUGCUUCUCUGCUGUUCUUGUAUACGAUUAAGAAGCACUUAAGCAACUCGAAAGGUGCACAAUUCAGGCCAAAAUUGCCUCCAGGGCCGAGGAAGGUGCCCGUAAUUGGGAACUUACUACAACUAAGGGGUGCAUUGCCUCAUCACUCUUUGAGGGCCUUGGCUGGAAUUUAUGGACCUGUAAUGCACCUACAGCUUGGCGAGAUUUCAGCUGUUAUAAUCUCGUCUGCAGAAGCAGCUAAAGAGGUCAUGAAGACUCAUGACAUCGCCUUCUCAAAUAGGCCCGAGCUUCUUGCUUCCAGGAUUCUGUUUUACAACUGCACGGGGAUUAUAUCUGCUAACUAUGGCGAUUACUGGAGAAUGCUGCGGAAAAUUUGCUUAUCUGAGCUCUUGAGUGCUAAGAGAGUCCAGUCAUUUGGCUUUAUAAGAGAGGAGGAAGUAGGGCAGCUUAUUCGAUCAGUUUCUUUAUCUGGAAAAUCUGCUAUUAAUAUGACCGAGAAGUUCUUCUCUAUGACAAAUACUAUAGUGUCGAGAGCAGCAUUUGGUCACAAGUGCAAGCAUCAGCAAGAUUUCAUUCAGAUGAUGAAGGAAAUAUCGACGUUAGCUUCAGGAUUUAUGUUUCCUGAUAUAUUUCCUUCACUGAAGUUUCUUCAUCCGAUUAGUAAUGCAAAAGCUGCAUUGGAGAAGAUCCAUAAGAGACUAGAUGGUAUUCUUGAGAAUAUAAUCAAUGAACAUAGAGCUGACAGGAGCACUGGUAAAGUAGCCGAGGAAGAUCUGGUUGAUGUCCUGCUAAAACUUCAAGAAAGCAGUGACCUUGAAGUUCCGAUCACAACUGAGAACAUCAAGGCCAUCAUUUUGGAUAUUUUCCUUGCUGGGACAGAGACUUCAUCAACGACCUUAGAUUGGGCAAUGGCAGAAAUAAUGAAAAAUCCGAAAGUAAUGCAUCAAGCGCAAGCUGAAGUUAGACAGGUCUGUCAAGGAGAUAACAAAUUUCAGGACAAGAACAUUGAAAAGUUGCAGUAUCUUAAGCUGAUAAUCAAAGAAACUCUAAGGCUGCAUCCACCUGGACCAUUGUUACUCCCAAGAGAAUCACGGGAAAAAUGUCAGAUCAAUGGAUACGAGAUACCCAUCAAAACCAAAGUCAUUGUGAAUGCAUGGGCUAUAGGCAGGGAUCAAGAUCAUUGGACUAAUCCUGAGUCGUUCACACCAGAGAGGUUUUAUGGAUCUUCAAGAGAUUUCAGAGGUGCUGAUUUUGAGUUGAUUCCAUUUGGUGCUGGUAGAAGGGCCUGUCCAGGGAUAUCAUUUGGAAUCGCGAAUAUUGAACUUCCACUAGCCCAACUUCUGUAUCAAUUCAACUGGGAAGUUGCUGACGGAGUUAAGCCAGAAGAACUCGACAUGUCAGAGGGGUUCGGAACAGCUGUCAGGAGACAAAAUGAGUUGAACUUAAUUGCCACCCCCUUUAUUCCUUGAAAUUCUUAACUUGUAGACUCACCAUAAGGUUAUCAUCUUAUUUAUGUCAGUUGCAAUGCUCAAGAUGCUACUGUUGUUCUUAACCUUGUUAAAUUUGAUAAAAUUUCAUACUAUCAUGCCAAAAAAUUUCAUA